AUGGCGCGUUUGACUACCCCCACCUAUCGACAUGUCUUGUAUGACGACUUGAAGGAGGAUUUAGGAGAGUACUUUCAAGACAACUUGACCAAACUCCGGUGCCUUGCGAAGACAAAGAGUGGCGAUGAGCAUCAGUGCAAGAAGUCCAUUGGGCGGGACAAGGUUUUUCAAGUUCAAAAGAUCCUUGAUCAAUAUGUCACGUAUCUAGAAGGCGAUAGGGAGAGGAUCCUCGCUAGGAUUAGCGAGCUUUCGAAUCUCCUCGUCCACCCAAAAAGACAUAAGCAAGAUGGCCGUGAGAAAGUCAGACAACUGGAGAAGAAAUAUCACGAAACGAUGAAAAGGCACCUCAAUGCAAAGAGGCGCGAAGGCAGCGUAGUGGCUGUUACUGAGCGUGCUCAAAUGCCAGAGGGAAGGCUUGUUGAAGAAGAUUCUAUUUCUAUCACCCAGUCGAGCUGCACUGAGAUGACCACGGACACUGAGAUCGAAGAGCCGGAGGUAACCUAUCCUGCCUUGCCCACUACCCACACGUUCGUCAUUGAGGACAAAGAAGAAGUCACCGUUGACUCUUCCAUUGCGCCUCGUCCUCUUCUUCAGUCAAAUACUACCCAAUCUCGACCCCUCACCCACCCAUCUACACCACUUCCUAGCACAACCGUCGUGCAAUCAGAUUCACAACCCGUCUCGAAUACCCUCCCACCCAAUCCACUACUUUUGCUUGUCCUCAGUCUUCUGCCGCAAUGGCUUGUGGGGUUCAUCUCCCUAGUCCACAUCAAAUGGGGCAGCGUGCCGGUUAGGAAUACUUCCGGAAAGACUGAAAACCAGACAGUUGUGGAUUUGGGGAUCAUGUUGGGCCUGAGAGUCACCCCUAGAAUGAUCCCGAUCUUGCUUGCUGUACUUGGUGGGCUGUAUUAUACGGGGUGGGGUGUUUUUGGCUCUUUGGUUUCUUGUGUCCUUGUUUCUGCUGCUGGUGGCGCGUUGAUGCGUCGGAUUUCUCCUGGAGAUGAGAUUGUUGUUUGA